AUGAAGCCGGUUUACAGGUGCCUGUUUCACCCGGCUCGCCCUUCUGGGUGUUUGGACAGUUACCGGGCACUGACCGCGCCCCGGCAUCACCCUGGCGACAGGGGAGCACGCCGAGGCCUAGGGGGGCCAGUGACGGCUGGGGGGCGGCUGGGCCGCAGCCUGAGCCCUGCGGGGCGGCUCGUGCCCCCGCACCGGCCUUUUCUACCCCGUGUCCACGCCCCUGUAAACAGGAAGGGCGCACGACCCUCAACACACAGGCCGCCCGCAUGGACGUCCCUCGUCCCUCGGACACUCGGACCCGGGACACUGGGUCGUGCCCACCGGGCCGGCGGCGGGCCGGGCCUCCCGGGGGCCGCCCCUCACCCCGAGGGCCCAGAACGCCGUCCGCCUCCGGGGGCAAGUGCUCCCGCCGGCCUGGGACCCGGGCGCGACCCCGUCAGCUGCCCGGACCCGGACAUGCUGACCCGCCCCAACUUUCUCAGAACCUCCCCGCCCUGCGCGGCCCGGGCUCCAGUCCGCCCGCGAAGCAGCGGCCGCCCGCGCCCAGAAGCCCCCGCGGCGCGCGCCCCACAGGCCUGGAGAGAGGCCUGGGCCCGCCCACGGGGCGACCGCUCCCCGCGCAAAAUUCCACCCGAGAACCCGCGUGUGGGGACCCCGGAGGGGAAAUCGGAAAAACGAGAACCUGGCGCCCCUACGUGCAAGCUUUCCGAGCGGCCGCCGCCGCCGCCGCCGCCGCCGCCGCCGCCGCAGCCGCCACAGAAAGGUUUCAAAUCCGUGCGGGCGCAGAGGUCGCAGCGUCGCAGCAGGCCCGGGGGAUGGGAGGAGCCGGCUGGGCGGUGGGACGGGAGGAGGUGCCCAGCUCGCAGGCCCCGCCCCCUUCCCCAAGCCUCCGGCCGCGGCCGCGCGCGGCGCCGUUGCCAUGGCGACGCCCCGGGCCUCGGCUGCCCCGCCCAGCAGGCCGGGGGCGGGGACUUCCGCACUCGCGUUUCCCCGCCCCCCAGGCCGCGCGGCGCCGUUGCCCUGGCGACGCUACGGGCCUCUGCAGCCCCUGCCUAG